AUGAAGUUCGAAGUGGAGGCGGAGGAUGACAGUUCGGGUCGUCCGCCCGUCGUUAACCCAUUAGACUCCCGGAAGGCGCUGCCAAACGUUCGCCCUCUUGCUCCGAAGGAUAGUGGUGGGUCUUUUCGCGUGCCGCAAGGCCUGUCGGGUCUGGCGAAGGAAUUCAAGGAAGGCUUGCAGCGCAAGGCGUCAAAGCUUUUCGGGUGGGGUGAAACGCCUGUGCGGGAGCCGCGGUGUCCUCCCGGAAUGUACACUGUGCGCCAGUUCCAAAACAACUUGGUGCGGGCCCUUGUGGCGAAGGACACCGUGCGGUUUGGCGGACUGCUAGACAAGUACAAGGAGUGCUGCCGUGAGGGCCGCAUUGUGGGCGUGCCAGGCUGCACCUCGUUGUCCGCGGAACACGACGGCGGCGGGGGGGAGUCCGCCAUCAGAGUCGUCGUCGAGAGUCAGCGGUCGCUCGUGGAUGGGGUUGACGACUUCACAACGGGCUACACUAUGACGCACCUCGCGGUGGCGUCAGGGGAGCAGAGUUUCGUGCACAGUUGCCUGGAGUUCGGCAGCGCGGUACACAGCUGCGAGGACCUCAACGGGGACACCGCCCUCACCCUGGCCUUGUGGUGCCAGCCGGAGGUUGCGUUUGCGAUGCUCGACCGCGGACGGGAGGUGGACGUCACACGCGUCGGGGCGCGCGGACGCAAUCUUCUGCACAGCGCCAUUCCCUUCGCCAGCGAAGCGCCGCCGUGGCCGCGCCGUCUGGAGUUCAUGCGGAGAAUCGUGGACGAGGAUAGCGCGCUGGCGUCACAGAAGGACUCAUUUGGGUUUACGCCGGCAAAGUGGGCCCUCGAAAACGCCGCCCAUUUCACCUCCAAGGAGGAAUGCAUGCAGAUCGUUCGAUUUUUGAAAGGGGUUGAGGCGGCGAACGAAGAGGAAAAGGUGCGAGCACAGGCGGCUGAGACUACAAGCGCAGGACAUGAGCUGGUCGUGGGCUCCCCUCUGCGAGGUACAACUGCCGCAGCAUCCACUGUGCACAGAGAGAUACUUUUUUCGGAUCGUGUGCGGCUUGUUUGCGAGGGCGCAUUCUCGCGUCUCAUUUGCGUCGCGCUUAUGUUUUGCUUGCACUUCUUUCUGUACGCCGUUGAUGUGGCGGAUCGAGGGGAGGAGGCCACGUACCGUGACGCGCGAUGGGAUUUUUGGUUCACGGUGUACAACAGCAUUGCCUCCAGCUGGAACGGCUCCGCCUUUUUUAUGGGAAUGACACACGCCGGCUGCGCCUUCGGGGGUGCCAUCGUGGGCGCCUGCGUGUACCGCUAUGGGUUCCAUGUGCUGCUGGGCAGAAGGCUUAUGCGCUUACAGAUUUGCGGAGCACAAUCUGCGGCGGAGCGGAAGUUUAUAAGAAAUUGCUUUGGAACUUAUUAUGCCUCCAUUUACGAGGGCAAGAAGCGCGGCGGCUACUUUGCCAUGGUCGUUGGCGCCGUCCUUGGCAUCUACUUUGGGACAAAGCUGUACAAUGCGCUCUUGUAUCGAUUUUGGCCAGGCCAACUCUCCUGGGCACUCAUUCUCCCGGUCUUGCCAGGGGUGGACGCCGUCACCGCUCUCCGUGGCUUUUGGUGGGCGGCCCUCAGCAUCGAUUGGUACAUCUUCAUGUUUAUCCUGGACAUCAUGUACCAGCAGGGCUCCCUCAACAUUUAUUUGCCGCAUCGCACCUUUGGCGCGUUUGCCGCGGGGAUCAAUAGGGUGCUCCUCUGGAGGAAGAAGAAGAAGAAUAGGAAGCAAACACAGAAGCAGGCUGUAGAGAAGGGCAUUGCCACUGUUCGCAUGGGGAUUUACUGGACACUUCUUAUUAUCGGCUGGACUGCGAUUGGCGCCGCCUUCCUCGGGUUUGAGCUGUUGUACGGCCCCACGAAGGAGGUGUUUGUGGAACCACUUAUUCCAGUGACAUGGCUGGGGGUCCCCGUCGUCAUUGCUUGCCUUUGCAUGUUCUUAGAGUGCGUGGCGGUGGCGCAGGAGUGGACGUGGCCGACGUUCCAGGAGAAUCCCCAUUUGUUUUUUCCCGGCCUGGCCGUCUCCACCCACCACGUCUAUUUUCUUCUUCUGGUCGUGAUGAUGCAGUGGUGCCUCGACCUCCGCAUCAUUCAGGAGCACGUUCUGCUAAUGCGUGGUCAGGCGGGUGGGAGUUCAACGAAGGACAUCAUGUGCCUCUGCGUCGCCCACAUUCCAGCUCUGCUUGGGCUCCUCCUGCUGCUUCUCCUCAUCCUUCGCUCUUCCCUCUGGCUGGAGCGGUGGGGCAGCGCGGGGCGAGCCCUCGGGCUAUACUCCGAGCACGUCUGCCUCAACCCGUGCCCGCUGGAGUCUGAGGAGGCGCUGAGGCUGGCAAAGCGUGAGAAGGAGCGGUUUGCUCGCACGUUCUCCCGCUCAUUGUACUGCAGGGCGAGGAUGGAGAAUAUGAGGGAGAAACUCCGCGUCCGCGACGCCGUCAAGCGUGUUGGGCAACAGUUGCACGUGACGCCGCCGCCGCCGCCGGAGCAGGAGGAAGCGGGGCCCCCAAAUUCACGCUCUGGCGAGGAGGCGGCCGCCGCGGCGGCAGCUCGGAGGGACUCCCUCUCGGAGGGCGAGUUCAUCCCCCUAAAUUAG